AUGACACAAGGAUUCAUCAACGACGAGGACAAAUGUUUGUGCGACGCGUGGCUGGCAACAAACCAUGACUGUAUAAAUGACGCCCAACAAAAGGGCAAGGUGUACUGGACCAAGGUCAUGCAGGAGUACAACGAGACUAAGAUGCACCCGCCCUACCACAUCCCAGGCCCUCGCACGGAAGAGUCCCUCAAAAAAAGAUGGAACUACAUCAAACAAGAGACAAGCAAGUUCUGCUCGGCCGUCGAACAUACUAAGAGGCACCCCGUAUCCCGGGCCUUGGAGAGGUUCAAGGCAGUGCAUAAGAAGGGCUACCAUAUGGUCCAUCGCUGGAACAAGCUCAAGGACGCGCAAAAGUGGAAGACAAGCUUUGCGGCCUACGAUGAAGCUGUGAAGAAUGAGACAGCGGUCAACCUCGACGGCGAAGACGACGAUCUUGGCCGUCAAGCCCUUCCACCUCGCCCCGAGGCCAUAAGCUUGGAGAAGAUGAUGAUCGAGAAUCAUGCCGCCAUGGCUGCUAGGGACGAGAAGAGGCGUCUGAAAAAAGAGGCCGCAACUAUCAUCUACCUCACGAAAGAGGUCAUUGAGGUCCAAAGGAUGGACGUCGAGGCCAAAAAGGCAGACGCCAAGGCCAAAUUGUGUGACACCGAGGCCAGGAGGAUGGACGCCGAGGCUAAGACCCGUGCAGAUGACACAAGGAUCAUGCUAGCCGACUUGAGCAGCGUCGACGAUGACACCAGGGCCUGGUUCACGAAGAGACACGCCAAAAUCCGCGCGCGAGACACCUGA